AGAGGAAAAGAGAAGGCUUUCGUUCUCUUUUGAACUCUUCAAUGGAAGAAACAGCAGAAACGGAUGCAGGUACGACCUCCAUGGACGAGGAAACCCUGAGUCGUGUCUUCUCUGAGCUAAAAGUCUUCUCCCUAAACCUUCUCGACCUUCUCCAGAACCCCAAAAAAGAUGUACGGACGAUCUCUGAACUGGCCGAGUUUCUUCGUGGGACCCCAGCUGAAGCUCUGCAACCAUUCUUCGAUUAUACCUUGUUCCCAUUGCUACUUCUCCUGGAUACAGCUGUUGGUUGCAGAUCUUCCCCGAAGAAUGAAUCCUAUGGGAAUUUUGGGAUGCUUAAUACACAGAAAACACCACAUAAAAUCAGUGAUAGUGUGGCGGAAAGCAUGCUUCUGUGUCUUGAGGAACUUUUGAAGAAAUGUCACUUUGGAUCUGUGGAUCAGAUGGUUGUGGUGCUGAAGAAAUUAACCUAUGGGGCUUUGCUUUCACCAUCUGAGGCGGCAGAGGAAUUUCGUGAAAGAAUAGUUCGUUGUUUUAGGGCACUGCUUUUGGGUCUACAUCCAUGCUCUGAUGAUUCUUGCAUGUGUAAACAGAUUCCUGGAUUGCCUAUUUUUCUACCAACUAGUGGUUUGCAAGUGCCACCUGUUCCAUUGAAAUUUUCUUCGAAACCAGAAAAUUGUUUAAUUGCAUAUCUCCAGUCACAAAAUGCAUCAGCUGCUGUCGGGCAUUGGCUCUCACUGCUUCUCGAGAUUGCAGGUACUGAGGCUGCACGAGGACAUCGUGGAAGUGCAAAACUCCGUGUGGAGGCCUUUUUAACAAUUCGAGUUCUUAUUGCUAAGGUUGGUACUGCUGAUGCACUAGCUUUUUUCUUACCUGGAGUAGUUAGUAAGUUUGCAAAAGUUUUGCGCAUUUCAAAGACAAUGGUAAGUGGCGCUGCUGGAAGUGUGGAAGCAACUGAUCAAGCUAUUAGAGGCUUAGCUGAAUUCCUUUUGAUAGUUCUUGAAGAUGAGGCAAACAUAUGUUGCCUUGAUAUGUCUACAACUGAUAUGACUGGCUUUGAUCCAAACAAAGACAAGUCUACCCAAUCGUUUCUAGAGGCACUUCGUCAUUUGCCUAGUGAGAGAGGAGGAGAUUCAAAUGCCCAGGCAAUCAAUAUUGUUACUCCCUUGGUUGAUCUGAAAGAGAAAAACAAUGUCAAGGCAGCCCAUAUUAUGGGAUCAUUUAAUGUGACUCGCACAAAAGAUUGGAUUACGGAAACUUCUGCUCACGUUGAUAGAAUGUUGGGUGCUACUUUCCCCCAUCUUGUUGGUCAUCCUUCAAAAAAAGUGCGGCAAGGACUUCUAGAUGCUAUACGAGGACUCUUGUCAAAAUGCUGUUACACACUCAAGAAGAGUAGAUUGAUGCUUAUGGAGUGCUUAUGUGUUUUGGUUUGUGAUGAUUCGGAGGAGGUGUCCAUUGCUGCGCAGGAAUUCCUUGAAUUCUUAUUCAUUUCAGGUGAAAAAGAUCUUAUGGAGAGUGAGGUUGCUGAAAUGUUUGGCAGGCUUGUUGAAAAACUUCCAAAGGCUGUGCUUGGAAGUGAGGAAACAGUAGCAUUGUUACAUGCUCAGCAAUUACUAGCAGUGAUUUACUAUGCAGGUCCGGAGAUUGUCGUACACCAGCUUCUUUGUUCUCCAAUUGCAGCUGCUCGAUGCUUUGAUGUUUUAGCACUCUGCCUGAGUCAAAACUCAGUAUUUGCUGGUUCACUUGACAAGCUUAUUUCAGCAAAACCAUUGUCAGUAGGAUACCUGCAUUCUAUUUCUGAGUUAAAAGGAAGUCCCCUGGUCACUGCUGACAAAGCUUUGAUGAAUGAUGUACCAUCUGAACUCCCUAAAAUUUCAGAAUUUGAUGAUAAAGCUUGUGAAGCUGAAAUAAUAAUUACAUGUAAAAAUUGUGAGCUACCACGCAUGCCUCCUUGGUUCGUUUAUAUCGGCAGUCAGAAAUUAUACGAGACAAUUGCAGGAAUACUUAGACUUGUUGGAUUAUCAACAGUGGCAGACCCUGCACAUGAGGUUUCAUUAUCUACUAUCGUUGAUAUUCCCCUGGGUGGUUUCCGUAAGUUAGUCUCUGAGAUUCGAAUGAAAGAACACCAUAAAGAAAGCUGGAACUCUUGGUACGCAAGAAGUGGUUCGGGUCAGUUACUACGUGAAGCAAGUACUGCUGUUUGCAUUCUAAAUGAGAUGGUAUAUGGUCUAUCAGAUGAAUCAAUUGAUAUUUACAGAAGGAUGUUUGGGAAGUCUAGGAUGAAUGGGGAAGAUAUAAGAGUAUCUGAGAUGAACUAUGCCGAUACUCACCCUUGCAAACUACGUCCUUUUGCUUUUAAUGACUCUUUCUGGAAGAUUUAUCAUGGGAAGGUUGCAAGAAGUGAGUUGGUUGAUUGUAUCGGCAGUAUUUUACACGAAUAUCUGUCUCCUGAAGUGUGGGUUCUUCCAGUAGAUCAGAAAUGUGAACAGGACAGUGAAGCAGAAGAAAUUACAUUGCAUUUUUUCCGUGACACCACAAUGCUACACCAGGUUAUUAUUGAUGGAAUAGGAAUCUUCAGUCUAUGUCUUGGAAAAGAUUUUUCUUCUAAUGGAUUUCUUCAUUCUUCUCUAUUUCUGUUGCUUGAGAAUCUUAUUUGUUCUAGUUAUCAAAUAAGAAGUGCUUCUGAUGCUGUCUUACAUAUCCUUGCUGCUUCAUCUGGCCAUCCUACGGUAGGGUGUUUAGUAGUGUCGAAUGCGGACUAUAUAAUUGAUUCCUUGUGUCGGCAAUUACGUCAUUUGGAUCUCAACCCCAAUGUGCCUAAUGUCCUUGCUGCUAUGCUUUCCUAUAUAGGAGUUGCUCAUGACAUAUUGCCAUUAUUGGAUGAACCGAUGCGUUCUGUUUCCCUGGAGCUUGAAGUUCUUGGCCGGCAUCAGCACCCAGAUUUAACUAUACCGUUUUUGAAGGCUGUGGCAGAAAUUGCCAAGGCAUCGAAGCAUGAAGCUACUAUAAUGCCCAUGCAGGCCGAGUCUUAUGCUUCACAAGUCAAAUCCAUGGUCUCUUUAAUGGAAGACAGAGUGAAACAGGAUUCAGGAAAAAAAUUAGUGUCACAUGAUAAUCAUGACAGUGAACUGUGUUGCACGGAAUCAGAAAUUGAUGCCAACUUCAAUGAAUGUGAUUCAAAUCUAGAGCACUGGGAGAAAAUGUUGUUCCUGUUAAAUGAAAAGCGCAGAUAUAGAAGAAUAGUUGGAUCUCUUGCUGGUUCAUGCUUGGUAGCUGCAACCCCAUUACUUGCAUCAGCAAAGGAAUCAGCAUGCAUUGUGGCUCUGAACAUAAUUGAGGAUGGAAUCACCACUCUGGAAAAAGUUGAAGAAGCAUAUAAACAUGAGAGGGAAUCAAAAGUAGCAAUUGAAAAAGCUAUCAUGAUUAUCUCUUUCCAUGAUCUUCAAGACAUGUUGGAUGCUGCAGAUGAAGGAACCGAUGAGAAUAGACUGCUUCCUGCGAUGAACAAAAUUUGGCCCUACUUGGUCGUUUGUGUUAAAAAUAAGAAUGCAGUGGCUAUCCGGAGGUGUUUGGGUGUGGUGAGCAGUGUAGUACAAAUCUGUGGAGGGGAUUUCUUUUCCCGUCGGUUCCACAAUGAUGGACCUCACUUUUGGAAGCUGCUAGCCACUUCUCCAUUUCGAAAGAAUAGAAAAGUGAGAAGUGAAGAAAGGCCAUUACAACUUCCCUAUAGAAGCACUUCCACAACUUCAGAAGAUGUGAUGGCUGAGGCUUCAAGUAUGAAGGUCCAAGCAGCAGCACUCAACAUGAUUGCUGAUUUAUCCAGGAACAAGAGGAGUGCUUCAGCUUUGGAGGUAGUUCUCAAGAAGGUUGGUGCGCUUGUUGUGGGAAUAGCUUGCAGCGGUGUUAUAGGACUUCGCGAUGCUUCGGUUAAUGCCUUGUCAGGGCUUGCUUGCAUUGACCCUGAUCUUAUUUGGCUUCUCCUGGCUGAUGUGUACUACUCUUUAAACAAGAAAGAUGUACCCUUACCACCCACCACAGAUUUUCCGGAAAUCUCCCAAAUUUUAUCCCCUCCACAGACUUCAAAGGAAUACCUUUAUGUGCAGUAUGGAGGGGAGAGUUUUGGCUUUGAUGUUGACUUAGCUUCGGUGGAAUUGGUGUUCCAGAAGUUGCAUUCUGUGGUGUUCAAUUCACAAACAUACAAUUAGAAAGGAACAUGUUACUAUAGUAAUGAUUUCCAUUCUUUUCCUUCA